AUGGACGGUUUCGAGACCGCCGCCCCCGACGCGCGAGAGCAACGCGAGGAUCGCGGACCUCGCAUCCCUCCUGCCAAACUCUCAACCAUCAAUGCCACUCCCACGAUCUCCAUCUUCUACAAGCCCGACAAGCGAAGUCCCGUCACGCUGCUUGAUGGCAAGUUCCCACGCGAUGCCGCGAUGAUCUUCUGCGACCGCAUUCGCCACGAUAUCAUCGAUAACGGCAGCAAAUCUUUCACCAUUGUCGGCGGCGACCUGAACGGCCACAAGCUAGUUCUUGCUUGGAUCAAUCAGUGCAUUGAAGAGCAGAGUAUCGUCAAGUUCAAGGACCUCGAUGAGUCAACUCCUGGCUUCUUCAUAACCUAUGCCAAAGUCAUCCUCUCAAGCCACUACAUCGGGAUUCCUGCUCGCGACCUCUCGGACCACCUCCUCAAACGAAUGACCGCCAUCGCCCGCAAGCAACUCAUUACCUGGGACGAAGUGCACUGGUUCUAUGAGACGGCCUUUCCUUCCACCAUGCCCCAGGAGAAAGAAGCCGCCUUCCGUGGAGUCGCCGCUGCUUCCAUCUUCUGGGGCUGGUGGUCCGCCAAAUUGGACAGUGACGAGACGCCCGAGGAGAUGCGCGUUCUCGAUGUGAUGAGGCUGGAAAACAAGCAGCUGGACGACGACUUGCACGCUUGGUGCGAGCGGAAUGAGGUAGACGUGAGACGAAAAUGGGGUGAGAAGAGCAAGGCAAAGAAGUAUGGUGCUCAAACCGCAAAUGACGGCGAUAACGGAGCCGGAGCGGGUUGGGACCAACCUGCUGCUACCGCAGAAGGCAAUAACGGUGGUUGGGACAACGCUGUUGCCGAAGACGGUGCUUCGGCUGGGUGGGACGUCGCUGCGCCCCACCCAGCCAACUCUGCAGCGGCCACUACCUCCAGGGGUAACGGCGCCAACACCUGGGACUCUGCCGACGUGCUGAACGAGAACGAUGCUCCUUAUGCCCCGCCAAAUUCUCUCGCGAGUCCUGAAUUCGGUGGUGCUAAGAACACACAUACCCCUUUGCCUCCUCUGGGCGAGAUCACGAAUGUCACUCCCUUCGGUGAGGCCAACGGCUUUGGCGGGACUAAUGGCGGAGUCGGUGAUUGGGCGGACGAGGUUAAUGCAGAGGUAGUCGAGCAUGGAGAGCAGUACCACGAUAAUCAGGGCCACCAGCUCGGGAAUAAUCAGUGGUAG